AUGCCCUUCAGAGACAUUGAGUUCAAAACAUUUGAUAACCUCACCCUUCGAGGAUGGCUCUUCAUCCCUAGCUCCUUUACUGGAAAGGUGCCAUGUCUUGUCAUGGCGCACGGCUUUGCAGCCCAUAAAGAAAUGGGUUUGAACAAUUUCGCGGAAUACUUCACGUCGAACUUGCGUAUCGCCUGCCUUGCUUAUGAUAACCGUUGUAUCGGCUCCAGUGAGGGCGAACCAAGACGAGAAAUUAUCCCAGCAUUGCAACUAAAUGACUACUCGGAUGCUAUUACGUUUGCGCAGUCCCUACCAGAGAUUGACGCAGAUAAAAUUGCCAUCUGGGGCAGUUCAUACAGCGGAGGUCAUGUUCUCACUGUUGGUGCCGUUGAUCGUCGGGUCAAGGCUGUAAUCAGUCAGGUGGCAGAUUUUAUUCCAAGGUUGAACGAGUUAUUUGCGGACGAUCGCCAUGCUCGUGCAAAGGGAGACAAGCCAGGUCGGAUGCCUGUUGUGGACAAGGACCCUCACGCACUAUCUGUUCUUCCUUCAGAGGACAGCUACAACGGCUAUAUUCAAGCAGAAUCGUUGGGAUGGAAGAAUGACGUAACCCUAAAGAGCCUCGAGGCAUUCCGAGCAUACGAACCUGGAGCCUAUAUCCAGCGCAUCUCGCCCACUCCGUUAUUAAUGAUUGUCAUGGACAAGGACCUUGUCACACCUACUGACAUCGCCCUGGAUGCCUUUGCCCGAGCGAAGGAGCCGAAGCAAUUGCACAUAAUCCCGGGGGGACAUUUCGAACCAUACGACGGGCCUCUUUUCCAGCAAAAUGUCUCAGUCCAGGCCAAGUUCCUGCAAGACCAUCUUUUGGAGUAG